AUGGUCUCAACGAGAGAGAGCCGCGGCAAGAAAAGGGCUCAGACCCAAAAUCCAAAUGGAGGAUUUUUUCCCCACGAUUUACGCAAUCUCCAGAUUCUUUUCCCUUUAAUUGAAUCGCCGGAGGGAAUGAGACCACCAUUCUUGAAAGAUUUGUACCGAAUUUUCGCAAAGUUUUCGUCUAAUGCACAAUGGGCAGUUAAGUCUUCAGCAGGUUCGCUUGAUUUUGACUUAGAAUUUCGUCACGAUGGGAUCACGGUGACUUUUGGUGAUAUCUCUGAGAUAUCUAACAUACUCUUUAAACAACUUGAAGAAAGAUUUGAACGAUUAUUUUCAGAUUUGAGUGUCAGUUAUGCUGACGAGGAUUGCGGUCCGUAUAGCUUGAAUUCAAGUUUAUUUGAAGCUGUGGAAGUAGUGAGUUUGCUAUUCAGAUGCUGUUUGAUGCUCUUGACUCUGUUGGCAGCCAAACAAAAUCUUGUCUUGGAUAAAGGGCUUGUUCUUUUAAAGAUAGUUAGACAAUUGAGUUUGCUCGAUUUAGCAGGGAAGACGGUUGGAAGUCCUUUUGUGUUUGAGAAGUCGUUUUUUCGUAAAUGUGAACCUGGUGAAAAUGGUUUCUCUACAGCCUCAGUUGAGGGAUUCACAGCUUCGUUACAACUUUUGGGGCCUACUAAUCCUCUCCUCUAUUUUAUAUCUCUAAUGCUUGAGGUGUUUGUAGAUGAGCUAUUGACGCAUAAGCAAUUAAGAGGGCACUUUCAAAUUAUUAAUUUUUUUGCUUCUACCAAUGAAACACUAUUCAGUCGCCACUCGGGCCAAGAUGAUAUAGGGAUUGUGAUUGCAGUGCUAUGCAAUCAUUUUAUCCUCUCAUUUUCCGAUAAGCAGGCUUUUCAAGAUUGUCUCAUUCGAUUGUUCUCUACACAUUCAACGGAACUUAAACAUCCUUUUCAGAAUCCAGCAUUAAGCCUUACUGCAUCUUCAUUGUUAAUUCUCAGUCCUGUUAUGCUCUCUAUGCCAAAAUAUAUGCAGGCUCAUUUGAUAUCACUGGUUUCCAAUGCUAUAUAUACAAAGAGUUCGAGACCAGAUCGUAUUGUCAGAAACUGUUUCCUCUCGAUCCUUGAAAAAUCGAUCGAUCUGUACCUGGCACACAUAUCUUGUUUGGAAAAAGAUGGCUACCCUAGUUUUCCAAGGGGCUUCAAACCCAGUUUUUCGUAUGGCGUUGUCUAUCGACCGUUUGAAUUUUACAUAUUGCCAGAGACGAAAAAAAAGAUUGAUGCUCUGAUCACAAAGCUAGACAAUUCAAUAAACGCGAACUCGGACGAUCUUUCUUUUGGAAUGAAAUCUGACCUGGUGAGUUCCUCCCUGAAAUUCGUGAAGGAGUGUCUGAAUGUAUACGCCAUACCGUCCCAGGAUGAGAUUUUAUCCAUUUUAACCUGUUUGGUUCUUAAAGCUUCUGAGAGCUGUGAUUAUAGAAAAGUACAACCAAUUGAGGGCACAACAAUGCAGCAUUUGUAUCUGAUUGCUUCUAUAUUGAAAUUAAUGGGGAUAUCUUUGUUACAAGCUAUUUCGUGUCUUCGGCAUAACAGCAAUAAUUCAUGUGGGCCGAGAACUUUGAGAGAUUUUGCUUCAUGCAAAGAGUAUGAUUUUAUUUUGGACACCAUUGCCUGUUUUGGUGAUUUAAACAUGAAUUCACCGAUGCAGCAAGAUUUAAUGGAUAUGAUGGCAGGUCAAUCUACGAGACAUUUGCAGUCAAAAAUGAUGUUUUUGCAUUUUGUGGGGUUGAUGUCUUUAAGCUUUGUACAAGGGUUGGAUUGCUGGGUGAAGGCAUGUUUGUUGGUAAUUCUUGCACUGUUGAAUUUGUUUGCGUUCGAAGAGGGUGACUUAGAUGAAUUUCAAUCAAUAAUUGAUUCCAACGCGAAACGUUUUUCUUCCGAACUCUCAUUUCUCCGAUUGCAGGAGGCUGUGGCUGGCCAAAGCUCGAGCCUUGUGGUUGCAUCAAAGUUUCAAAAAAUCCGUUCUCUUUUUUCAAGAGUGAUCCAAAACAAAGUUAGCGAAACUGAAGCCCAAAGUUUACGGACACUAGCAAGUGCAGAAUCAGACAUGGAAGCUGAUGCAGGCUUAGAAGAAGAAGAAACAGAGGAGACGAGCAAUGGGGAGAUUUUCUUGGAGUGCAUGUUGAAGAUGGGUAAUGAUAUCUCAGAUAUCGAUGAUUUGAGCUCUUCUCAUCUGACCUCCGCCGGCGACAACCAUCUUUGCCGGCGACUUUUGCUUAACUCGGAGACGAAGAUGGCGGCGAAGGCAGUAAACGUUGGGCAAAUAAAUCCUGUAGAAGCUUUUGAAAAGGUAGCUUCUGAAGAAGAUAAGAUGAAAGUGAAGAAAUAUCUUAGAGGCAAAGCUACAGAUUUAGGGAGGUUGCAAGAUAAGAAAUUGAGAGGUCAGCUAGCGGUGAAGGAAGCAUUAUAUGGAAAAUCUGCACUGACUGCUGCUAAGGCUGAGAAAUGGCUUAUGCCAAGUGAAGGAGGCUAUUUGGAACCUGAGGGUAUAGAGAAAACAUGGAGGAUUAAACAGGAGGCUAUUGGUUCUGAAGUGGAUAUUUUGAGUAGGAGAAAACAGUUUGAUAUUGUCUUGCCAGAUCUCGGUCCUUACACUCUGGAUUUCUCCUUGAGCGGACGAUAUAUGGUAGCAGGUGGAAGAAAAGGUCAUUUGGCUCUUCUAGACAUGAAAAAUAUGGACCUCAUUAAAGAGUUUCAGGUUAGGGAAACAGUUCGUGAUGUGGUGUUUUUGCAUGACCAGAAGCUUUUCGCCGCUGCUCAAAAGAAGUAUGUGUAUAUGUAUAACGAGAGUGGCGUUGAGAUGCACUGCAUGAAGGAACACGGCCCCGCAUUACACCUCCAGUUUCUCCACAAGCACUUCCUCCUGACCUCCAUAAACAAGUUCGGCCACCUCCAUUUUCAGGACAUUACGACCGGCCAAAUGGUCGGUAACUUCAAAACUGGCCUGGGCCGCCCGGGCGCCAUGCGGGCCAACCCAUUCAACAACGUGACCUCUGUGGCCCACUCUGGCGGCACAGUCACCAUGUGGAAGCCCACGAGCGCUGCCCCUCUCAUCAAGAUGCUCUGCCAUCCGGGCCCAAUCACAGCCCUCGCUUUCCACCCGAGCGGCCACCUCAUGGCGACGGCUGGCAUGGACCGCAAGAUAAAGCUUUGGGACCUCCGAAAAUACGAGACCCUCCAAACGGUCCGUGGCCACGCGACCUCCUUGGACUUCAGCCAGAAGGGCCUGCUGGCCUCAUCCACUGGAUCCUUCGUCCAGAUACUCGGCAAUUUCUCGGGCGGGCCCCACGAGUACACACGCUACAUGAGCCACUCGAUGGCGAAAGGUUACCAAAUCGGGAAAGUAUCUUUCAGGCCGUACGAGGAUGUGUUAGCGAUCGGGCACUCGAUGGGUUGGUCCUCGAUAUUAGUGCCCGGGUCGGGCGAGCCCAAUUUCGAUACAUGGGUCGCGAACCCGUUCGAGACUCGAAAGCAGAGGAGGGAGAAGGAGGUUCGAGCCCUGCUCGACAAGCUGCCGCCAGAGACAAUCAUGCUUGACCCGUCAAGAAUCGGGUUGGUGAGAGAGAGGAUGAGAGAGAAAGUGAGCAGAGAGGAGAGAGAGGCGGAGAGGGAAGCAGCCGUGGAGGAAGCCAAGAGGGUUCGUAUCAAGAAAAAGACGAAAGGGAGGAGCAAGCCAAGCAAAGUGGCUAAGAAGAAGAAGGAAGCCGUGGUCAAGGCCAAGAAGGGUUUCGUGGAGACACAGGGUAAGGAUGAGGUGUCUAAGGAGAAGAAGAGGAAGAGAGAUGAUAACGAGCACGGAGAAAAUCAAUCGCUGCCUAAGUCCUUACAGCGUUUUGCUAAGAAGAUUGUGUAG